ACAGAGCAUUUCGGAUCAUCCACUGGAGCUUUCUAUGGGGUGUUUGAUGGACAUGGAGGUGUUGAUGCUGCAUCAUUCACAAAGGAUAACAUUAUGAAGCUUGUAAUGGAAGACAAACAUUUCCCAACCAGCACUAAGAAGGCAACAAGGAGUGCUUUCGUCAAGACUGAUCAUGCUUUAGCUGAUGCUUCUUGUCUCGAUAGAUCAUCUGGUACCACUGCACUCACUGCUCUCAUCUUGGACAAGACCAUGUUGAUUGCGAACGCUGGUGACUCCAGAGCGGUGUUGGGGAAACGUGGCAGAGCUAUUGAGCUAUCAAAGGACCACAAGCCCAACUGUACUUCUGAGCGGCUACGUAUUGAGAAGCUUGGUGGUGUUAUCUAUGAUGGUUAUCUUAACGGGCAGCUCUCUGUGGCUCGAGCUUUAGGAGAUUGGCACAUUAAGGGAGCUAAAGGUUCACUCUGUCCGCUUAGCUGUGAGCCUGAGCUGGAGGAGAUUGUGCUGACUGAGGAGGAUGAGUUUCUUAUAAUGGGAUGUGAUGGACUCUGGGAUGUGAUGAGCAGCCAGUGUGCUGUGACAAUGGUUAGGAGGGAGCUGAUGCAGCAUAAUGAUCCUGAGAAAUCCUCUCAAGCUCAGGUCAAGGAGGCACUUCAACGCAACAGCUGUGAUAAUCUUACUGUAGUGGUUGUCUGUUUCUCUCUGGAACCGCCUCCUCGGAUUGAGAUCCCUAAGUCGCAUAAGAGGAGGAGCAUCUCUGCAGAGGGAUUGGAUCUCCUCAAAGGCGUUUUGAACGAGUUGUGAAGGAAACUGAGCAAGUUGAGAGAAAAGGUAAGAAGAGAGUUGCUUUAUUCUUUUUUUUUGUUUCCUCUUUUGAUAGGAAACGUCAGAGAUUAGAGGUUGUGUGCUUUUUUUUUCUCUGGUUUUUCCAAGUUUUGAUUGAUUCCAUUAUUCUUUUUGUAAGGAAUUUGACCCAUUUUUUAUACUGUAGAUCUUACCAUAUUUAAAUGA